AUGUCCUCUGACUUGUACAAAUCGCUCCCGCUGGAACCUAACGCGACUCGAAUGGUUCGCCUCCUCCCAGACAAGGAAACGAACGCCGAGAUAGAAUGCGAACUCUUCACCUACGACCUCACAGAGACAGAGGGUGGAAAGCACCUUUAUGAAGCACUUUCUUAUGUCUGGUCUGGCGAUGAAGAGGGCAGUGCUGAAAAGCACAAGGAAAUAAUAUUACAUGACCAUACUAUCCCCAUCACAGCGAACCUGCAUGCAGCCUUGGUCAAUCUUCGAGACCAUCAGCUUGAGAGAGUGUUGUGGGUUGAUGCAAUAUGCAUCAACCAAGACGAUAUGGACGAGAAAAACCAACAGAUCCCACUCAUGCGGACGAUCUAUGCCCAAGCUGAUCGUGUUAUUAUCUGGCUUGGAGAGGCAUUUGAAGAUGGCGAUAAAGCACUUGAAAUCAUUCGCACUCUCGCAGAGAAGAAAUUCAUGAGUGGUAAUGAUUCGGCUACUAAGCUGCUCGAAUCCAGCAGUACUUCAAGAAGCCGGUGUUGCUCGGUCGAUUGA